AUGGAAGGAACUUUUGGUCCUUCUUCUUUUGGAUUGCGAAGGCGUGCCACUACCAAGCCAUUGAUUGUUCUGAAAGGAAAAAGUUGGAUUGUUGUGUUCGCGCUUCUGACUUCCAACCAGCCGAUUGAUUGGCCAAGCAAGGAACCUCCUCUUGGCCUAGGUUCUUUUACUUCCUCAGGGUCGAGGAUGAUGGAUCUCAUCACGUGCAUGAAAACAUCUGGAGGUUUUGGGCCUGUUUUCGCGGGUCAGGGUUGGACCUCCGAGGACUUGGGCUUAACAGCUGGUGAGACGAUGUGGUUUCCGGAGUCUCUAAUUUUGAUUGAACAUAAUCCACCGAUGUUGGGUGACUUGGAAUUUCAAUGA